CCGGGUGGAAGCGGGCGGCCGGGAGUAGUGCAGCCUUGGGUCUAACCGGGGGGAUGAGGAGGCGAGUGAUGGCUGGGGAGCUUGGCGGGGGGCUGCAGGACUUGAUGUUGUCAUGGAGGAACCAGAGUUUCCAGCUCUCAAAAAGAUGUGGUACCUGAGGAGGUAUUAGGAAUACCCUUAAUUUGAGAAGAGAAUCUUUUGGUCUGGGAUGAGUGCUAUGGUUUGGGAAUGUGUUUAAUGCUGUGAGAGUGCCAUAUGGAGAUUUUGCCUGACAACAAAAGUGAACUGUUGACUACCAAUCUGGAUUUUAAUGGCCUACUGAAGAAUCAUUCUUCCAUGAGGAAGAAAAAAAUACUAAUUACUGUACCAGAUGAAUUCCAGAAACCCAAGGCAGAAACGGAAGUGGGAACAAAUUUCAGAGUUCAAGCAUGGAACAGCUUGAUCGAGCAAACAAAAGUGAUUAGAAACCAAAUGUUCAAUUAGCAAACCUGUUUCUCCUCUUCCGCUAGCUUGAAAAGCAUUGAACGUUGAAGAAAUGGCUGUGAACGUCAGGGUGAUGCUAUGGACAUUUUAUACAGUAUUCACACUCUUGGAACAAGCUGAUGGCCACAGUAUGUUUGCCUGUGAGCCCAUUUCUCUCAGAAUGUGUCAUGACCUGCCUUACAAUAUGACUUUUAUGCCAAAUCUUCUAAAUCAUUAUGACCAGCAGACUGCAGCCCUGGCAAUGGAGCCAUUCCACCCUCUUGUAAACUUGGAAUGUUCCCAAGACCUUCAGCCAUUCCUUUGCGCAAUGUAUGCCCCAAUUUGCACUGAAUAUGGGCGUAUUACUUUGCCAUGCCGUAAGCUGUGUCAGCGUGCUUAUGUGGAGUGUCAUAAGCUAAUGGAAAUGUUUGGAGUUACGUGGCCAGAAGAGAUGGAGUGUGUAAAAUUCCCAGAUUGUGAUGAAGGCUAUCCACGCCAGGCUGACUCUGUUUCAGAUGGUGACCCCACAGAGGACGCACCAAUGGCUGUACAGAGAGACUAUGGCUUCUGGUGCCCAAGGGAAUUGAAAAUCAAUCCAGAGCUUGGCUAUUCCUUCCUGGGGGUCACCGAUUGUUCACCCCCUUGCCCUAAUAUGUAUUUUAGACGUGAAGAGCUUUCCUUUGCCAGGUACUUCAUUGGGGUGAUAUCCAUUGUCUGCCUGUCUGCCACACUCUUCACUUUCCUCACAUUCCUCAUCGAUGUAAAACGAUUCCGCUAUCCGGAGCGCCCCAUCAUCUUUUAUGCAGUCUGUUACAUGAUGGUUUCCUUGGUGUUUUUUAUCGGCUUCCUCCUUGAGGACACAGUUGCCUGCAACAGAAAUGAUCCUUCGGUUUACAAAGCAUCCACAGUAACACAAGGCUCCCACAAUAAGGCAUGCACUAUGCUGUUUAUGGUACUGUACUUCUUCACAAUGGCUGGGUCCGUGUGGUGGGUCAUCCUUACUAUAACGUGGUUUUUAGCUGCCGUUCCCAAAUGGGGCAGUGAGGCAAUAGAGAAGAAAGCCCUCCUGUUUCAUGCGAGUGCCUGGGGGAUCCCAGGAACACUCACCAUCGUCCUCCUUGCUAUGAACAAAAUCGAAGGGGACAACAUCAGUGGUGUUUGCUUUGUUGGACUGUACAAUGUUGAUGCACUGCGAUAUUUUGUUCUGGCUCCAUUGUGCCUCUACGUGGUGGUGGGGGUUUCCUUGUUACUGGCAGGUAUAAUAUCAUUGAACCGGGUGCGGAUUGAAAUUCCAUUGGAGAAAGAGAACCAGGACAAGUUGGUGAAGUUCAUGAUCCGUAUUGGUGUGUUCAGCGUUCUCUACCUCGUCCCACUCCUUAUCGUAAUUGGAUGCUAUUUCUACGAGCAAGCAUUCCGUACUGUUUGGGAGACGACGUGGAUUCAGGAACGGUGUCGUGAAUACCACAUUCCCUGCCCUUACCAGGUGACACAAGUGAGCCGCCCUGAUCUUAUACUCUUCCUGAUGAAGUACCUGAUGGCGCUGGUGGUCGGGAUCCCAUCUGUGUUCUGGGUUGGCAGCAAGAAGACCUGUUUUGAAUGGGCCAGCUUCUUCCAUGGGCGCAAGAAGAAAGAUUCUGUGAAUGAGAGCCGCCAAGUUUUGCAGGAACCGGAGUUCGCGCAGUCUCUGCUAAGAGAUCCAAACACCCCUAUCAUCCGCAAAUCUCGAGGCACUUCCACCCAAGGAACAUCCACUCAUGCCUCCUCCCAGCAGCUGGCCAUGGAUGAUCAGAGGAGCAAAGCUGGCAGUGUCCACAGUAAGCUCAGCAGUUACCACGGCAGCCUUCACAGGUCAAGGGAAGGCAGAUACACACCCUGCAGCUUCAGAGCUCUGGAUGAGCGGUUGGUUCAUGGUAGUCUGCCAAGGCUCAAUGAUCAGUCCCAGCAGAGCAGCCUGCAUCGCCUGAAUGACCAGUCCCGACAUAGCAGCAUCAGAGAUCUCACUAACCCAGCAACGCACAUCACCCAUGGCACCAGUAUGAACCGGGUCAUUGAGGAAGACUGCACAAGUGCCUAAUCCUCACCUCAGCAUCAAAGGCAAAGCAAAGGGGCCUCUACGGUUUUUAAAAAAUCGAUAAAACUGGAACCUGAAAGAUCGGCAACUAAACACAAGGCGAUUUAAAUGGCUGCUAGCAAGUACAGAAUACAAUCAUCUUUGGAGAAACUAGUUUGGAAGCAUCACAACUGUUGUAAACUUAAAAGGGAAGAUUACAAGCUGUUGGACUUGGCUAUUAUUCUCAACAUUGUUGUCGGGUCCAUAACAAUCAAAGAAAGCUCUGUUUUUAUAGCCUUUAAAUAUGCAGAAGGUGAUUGUAAAGACAUUGACCAAUAUCCCAUCACGGGAGCAAAAAGGGUAAAUGUUCGGAUUUUUUUGUUGAUAGCAGAAUUGAAAAGACAAUAGCAUGUCUGUUAGUUUUCAAGGUACACUUCUCAAGCAGUUUGAAUCCUAUUGUUGAGAACGGGACUUGUCUGAAAGAUCAAAUCUUGUAAUAAAGUGUAGAAAUAUGUUGCGUUUACUUGAAAUAAGGUUGGUUUAGGGAAGGAGCUAGUGCAAGGUCUGUAGCCACUAUUCCUGUCAGGACAUUGCAAUGCUACCUCAUGGCUUCCUGACUGAAAUCUUUUGGACAGAAGAUGUCAUUCAGCUGUUUGGGCUAAUUUAUUAGUCACUGCAUUAUUCUGUUGAUUAAAUCAUGCAAUGCACUUGAUGGGUGUUGGGCAAGUUGGUUUGUGAACUGAUGUGCGUAUUUAGAUUAGGAGCAUGAUGCUAGUGCAACAAGGGGUGAUGACUUGUAAUAUCAUAAUUACAUUGAUGUGCAGGUUGGUUACUUGUGAAGCACAAUGGGGUUCCAGUAAUCCAUAGUAAUACUUGAGACUUGAUGGAUCUGUUGGCCACCACCAUUCUCGAAGCUCGGCUUUAAAAGAACAUCUGGAUGAGUGGAUUCCACUCCUGCUGGGAUCUUCACUUCCACUGGUUAGCAGCAACUUUGGGUUCAUUCAUUUUACAACCAAAAAAUUCCCUUGUUGAUAUUUUAUUAAUGUCUAUUCAAACAAAGUUUAAUUUUCUAUUGCAGUUCAUCUGGAAUGAACUCAGACAAGGUUUUAAAAAGUAAAUACUGUUUAAAGCCUUGCAAUCUUCUCUCCUGUUGACCGUUUAACUGAGCCACAGUCCACAUAGGUGCUUUCAAACAUUUGCCAGUAUUUUCACAAAGGUGUUAGCUAUAAAAUCAAAUUCUGCACCAAUUCAGACCAGGUGUCAUGAUAGCUCAGUGACAGCUCUCCUAUUUCUAGCUCUGAAAGUUUAAGCCCAGUUAAAGCUGGAAUUUCAUUGCUGAUACUGAGGACUGCUGCCUUGGUAGCAGUUGCACCUUUUGCAUGAGACACCAGUCCAAAGCCGUAUUUGCUUUCUCAGCUGGGCAGAAAAAUACUCUCGUUUAAAAUUCUGGCCAAUACUUGGCCUCCUCAAACUGAUUUUCUAGUAAUUAUCAUAUUGCUGUGUGCAAAUUGGUUGUUGCAGUUCCUACAUUGCAACAGUGACUACCAUUUUGGGAAUAUUUAUUAUAUUUUGUGGCACUGAGGUUGUGGAAGGCAUCAUAGAUAUGCAAGUUUCUUUCCAGGUAGACUAAUGGUCUUAAUUUCAAAAGUGUGGUUAAUCUACCCGCAUUGUAAUGACCAAAAAGUAUUUCACCAGGAUGUGAGACUAUCGCUUGUUUGUGAUCUGGCCCAGAUACUGGUAUUUCUUGCAUCUGUAAUUCCUCCAUAUUUCUGAUGGGUGAAUUAACCUUGGAUGAUUUGAGGCUUUGUUCAUAGCACAUUUAGAAGAGAGCCCCAGUUAUAGUCAGCUUUACCCAGUUCAAAUGGAACAAAUUGCAUCUUCAGAUAAUGAUGCAGAAUAAAGAGCACUUCAUUUGAAACAAGAGGUCUCUUAACAGUUUUGGCAUUCUUCAUUCUUCUUCCCUUCUGCUUUAUCUCUAGAAUUACUGCCUCUUUGCAGCUUAUUUGAAAUCCAAAUUCCAUAGUUCAUGGAUUUCCCAACAGAAUCUUCUCCAUUUCAUCUACUCCUGUGCUUUCUCCUCCCAAUCAAAGCAAGGGUGGAGGUUCUGCCCUACCAGCCUCUAUAUUCAAUGAAUAAUAUUGUGUAACCUCCACCUUCAACUUCAUCUUCCCCUCCAGUUUGGCACUACAAAGGAACUUAUCCCUCUGACUCCCUAGUUUGCUUUUCCUCCCACACCAAGCACUCUUCAUGGCACUUUCCCAUUAAACUGCAGGAGAUGCAGCACCUGCCCUUUACAUCAUCCUGUACUGUCAUCCAGGAAUCCAAACUGUCUUCCUAGGAGAAGCAACAAUUUGCAUGCACUUCCACUUGAGAGUAUUGCCAUCAGUGCUCACAGCAGUCUCACCUACUUUGGAGAGACUGAACACCUCAAUUAAAUUCCAGCUGAAUGAACUUCUCGUCACCUGUUGCUUUAAUUUGACAUCCCAUCCAUCUCUGCCCUGUCUUUGCCCUCCUAUGCUUUUCCAAUGUAAGCUCAGGGAACAGCUCUUCCAUCUUCCAGGUGGCACAUGCAGCCCUCUGGAUUUGAUAUUGAAUUCAGCAGUUUCAGUUAACCAGCCUUCCCUGUUUGUGGCAGAACUGGGCAAUUCUGAUGCAAAAUCAUCCACCUGAAAUACUAAUUCAGUUUUUCUCUCUUCAUAGAUGUUCCAUGGUCUGCACUCUUUUAUUUCUGAUCUCCAGCAACAAAUAUAUCACAGUACUAGCACAUUAUUUUGUGUUUUUUUUCUUUCUCUAAUAGUCAUUGAUCUCUUAAUUAAAUGUCACCACUCCUUCCCCUCUCUGCAAAUUAAAAUACACUUGUUUCUUUCACCUGUGUAUGUUCUGUCAAAGGGUUUUUAACCUGUAAUAUUAGCUUUGUUUUUCUCCCUCUACACAAGCUGCCUGACCUGCUGAGUAUGGGUAUGCACACUGUUGUUUUGAGCUGAACUCAAAACAACAUUCAUCAAUUUUAGAAACAUAGAAAACCUACAGCACAAUUCAGGCCCUUCGGCCCACAAAGCUGUGUCGAACAUCUCCCUGCUCUAGAAAUUAUUAGGCUUACCCAUAGCCCUCUAUUUUAUUCAGCUCCAUGUACAUAUCUAACAGUCUCUUGAAAGACCCUAUCAUAUCUGCCUCCACCACUGUUUCCAGCAGCCCAUUCCACGCACUCACCACUCUCUGAGUAAAAAAACUUACCCCUGACAUCUCCUCCAUAUCUACUCCCCAGCACCUUAAACCCGUGUCCUCUUGUGGCCACCAUUUCAGCCCUGGGGAAAAGCCUCUGACUCUUUAAGGUCGCUGUGGAGAUCUGAUUUCUCCUGUGGUGGCAUGGCUGAAUAUCAACAUUUUUAUUUCCUUAGUAACAUUGAGUUCAAUGUAAAUGUUUCUUUCACUGCUUCACAAGGACAGUUCCUUCCUUUCACAAGUUAGCACUGCUCAUUUAUUACCACUGUGGUCACAAUCUUUACUCAGGCAAUGAGGUCUUUGCUUUCAUGACCAAUAAAGCUGUCCAUAUAUUUAAAUGUGUUGCUGAUCAUUCUCAUCCAAGACAGACACAAUAUGCAGCAAUCCUUCAUUCUUCAACCUAGUGUCUCCGAUCCCAACUUUUGUUUUAUUGACCCUUUCUUAACCCCGAAGGUAAGGCUUAAACGGGAUCCUAACAAAUCAAGGCUUGAUAUUUAAAUUAAGACUUGUAAACACAAAGUACAAAAAUUCAAUAUUUCUCAAUUUCAGGAUUUCAAAAGGGAAUAAUCAAAAGAACUUUUUAAAAAAAAACAGUUGAACAGGUACAUGGAUAGGAAAGGUUUAGAUGGAUAUGGGCCAAACACAGGCAAAUGGUACUAGUUUAGAUGAGCAUCUUGGUCAGCAUGGAUGAGUUGGGCUGAAGGGCCUGUUUCCAGGCUGUGUGACUCUGACUCAUUAGAAAAAUUGUUUCUUUCUUGUAAUAAUUUAAAUUUCUGAUCAAGCUUUAAUGGCAACACUAGAAUUGAUUGAUAUUGAGCUCUGAAAUGUGCUGUAUUACUCAGUGUCAUUUGGUGAACUAAUUAGAUAUUGAUUUGGGGUGAAAACAAUGGCUGUGAUUAACUAAUUGUGCCAUGCUUAAGUCUUCAACACUCCCUUGGAAACCAAUGAGCAUUUGUGCUACAUCUGCCCUGAUCAUCCUGUGAAGUUGAAUCAACAAUGGAGAGGAACUACAUUUUAUCAAGUUUGUAAUGUGUGCACAUCUUCCUCCACAUUGCACAUUGGGAACAGUUGUGACAACCUACAUACCUGGCUGCAACAAUCUAGACACUGGUGGGCCAACAUGAAGUGCAGCCACCAGCAUCUUGCCAGCAGAGACAGCAACUGAAAGCCUAUUCCAGGUGUGGGUUGCUAGUGCUGGUUGUGUUGGGUUGUUGAACGGUAUUUCAUCUGUCAUAAGCAUCCUGUGCUUGAAAAGGGCAUUACCUGAGAUGCUGUUCAAAAUAAAAUGGCAAAGGAAAGAGAAAUUAUUAACUUGCACUCACCCCAUUAAGAGCCUGUUUGUUUAUUAUAGAAUUGUGGCUGGAUGUAUAGUUUGGUAAAACAAAAUUCUUUCCCUCCCAGGUUUAGCACUUUAAUUGAGUGUAUAGCUGUUGUGCAGUAGUUGUAAAUUAGA